CUUUCAACUCAGCUGCUAUUGCUAUUGCUAUUGCUGUUGCUGUUGCUGUACCGUACACGGUCCAACCAAACACCUCCCACACACUCUCCCCCAGCCGUUUAAACGAAACCACUCAGUGGCCCGAAUAUUGAGCCCUUAUCCCAGUCCCAAAACUAGGCCCCUCCCGCACAACCACAUAGUGGAAGAUCUGACAUCGUCUCCGCCAUUCCAAGCUAUCUCCCUUCGGAUCCGAAACCAGGCCCCUGAACCAUAUACCAUAUCAUAAUCGCCCCGUUUACGCCUCAACUUGUAUUACGACAACACCAUUGUAAUCUUGACAUCAUGGCUGGGAAUAAACUCCUCGUCUAUCUACUUCGACGCGAUCUCAGGGCAAUCGACAACCCUAUACUUCACCACCUGGCCACUUCUGACCAUGGCUUCACUCAUCUCCUCCCCAUCUAUAUUCUCCCCCCUCACCAAAUCGAAACCUCAGGCUUCGUUGCUGAAGGACAAAAGUCUCCCUACCCCGAAGCCCGAAGUCAGGUAGGCCGCUUCUGGAGGUGUGGCCCCGUUCGAGCCAAGUUCCAAGCUGAGUCUAUCUGGGAUGUGAAACAAAAUCUUGAGGACAUCCACAGUGGCAUGCUGGUUCGUAUCGGAAACUUCGAUAACGUCCUAAAGCAUUUGAUCAAGUCCCUGCACGAUGAACAUCAAUCUGUCGAUACUGUUUGGAUGACCGAGGAAGUAUCGAAAGAGGAGGUCGAUGAUCAGAAUGCUGUAGCAUCUGUAUGUUCCGAGAACAACAUCAACUUUAAGCUUUGGCAGGACGAAAAAUAUUACAUCGACGACCGCGACACUGGUUUGGAUGACCCCAAGGAGCUUCCAGAUGUUUUCACAACCUUCCGCAAAACUCAAGAACCCCUCCGUGAGCGUCCUCGCGCCUCUCUCCCUCGUCCGCAGGCCGGAUCAUUACCGCCGUUCCCUUCAUCGUGGGCACCACCUCAGGAACCUCCGUUUCAGAUUCCUGACAACUACAACGACUUUGAACAACGUCUCCUAGAACCCAUCAACAGUAUGGUGCAAGACCCUCCAGCCUAUCCUGAUGAUGCUAGGUCUGCACACCCAUUCAAAGGUGGCGAGAACCCUGCCUGGGAUCGCCUCUACCAUCUCAUCAAGUCAGGCUCCAUGACUACUUACCAGGAGACCCGCAAUGGUUUACUCGGAACCGAUUACAGCACAAAGCUUUCAGCAUACCUGGCACUCGGAUCUAUUUCGGCUCGCUCCAUUCAUGAGGAACUUGUCAAGUUUGAGAACGGUCAAGAACAAUCCUACUCUCGAGCUAUAGGUUUCGGACAGGGCGAGAACGAAGGCACCAAAGCUGUCAGAUUUGAGCUCUUGUGGCGGGACUACAUGCGAUUAUGUACUAUGAAGUUUGGCUCACGUCUUUUCAAGCUUGAUGGUUUUAAGGGAGCCAGUGGCAAGUAUGAUAAGAAGUGGAAGACCGCUCUGAAGGAGAAGGCCGAUGUCGAUCAAGAUCCUUCACCCGAGGAACUGAGUGAAAUCAUCGAGAGGUUCCUUCGAGGAACAACCGGUAUGGGUCUGAUCGAUGCCUCACAGCGUGAACUCUAUCAUACCGGUUACACCUCGAACCGAGCCCGACAGAAUGUCGCCAGCUUCUUUGCAAAGCAUCUUGGCAUUGAUUGGCGCUACGGAGCUGAAUGGUACGAAGCCAUGCUGGUAGAUUAUGAUGUGUCUUCCAACUGGGCGAACUGGCAGUACGUGGCGGGUGUCGGUAAUGACCCCAGAGGUGAUGCACGCAUCUUCAACCCUAUCAAACAAGCAUUCGACUAUGAUAACAACGGCAGAUAUGUCCGAACUUGGGUGCCUGAAGUCAAGUAUAUCGAGAAAUUGGAAAAUGUUUUUCAGGUAUGGACGACUGGCGAUGAUGAGCUCAUCAAGUACGGCAUCAUUGAUGAUAUAAUGGUCACUCAUCCCAUCAAGAGGAUCGAUUUUCAGGUCGACCGAAAACCUCGUGGUCCUCGACGACCUUAUAGAUGGAGACGAGGAGGAGCUGGGCGUGGUGGCCGCCGAGGCGGAGGUCCAGGAAACGGUUCGGGUGACUACAACGAUGGUCGACACUCUUACCACAAUGGGCCACCUUCACCCGAGAGCGAUCGCCAGUUUUACCACGGAGGUGAACCCUACGUGCAGAACAGCGGCCAGCCACGAAAUGGUUGGCCCCAGCGGGGAAACCAGAUGUCGUGGCGAGGCAACUCUAACGGGCAUGGUCCUAACAAUCACGGACCUUCUCCUGGACGAGGAGGCCACAUGGCUCCUUUCCGUGGUAACGGUUUCCAGCGAGGAUUCAACACCAACCACUUCAAUGCACCACCUCCCAGACAAUACAUGCCUAAUCCUCCUUGGCCUCCUCAACAAUUCUCUCCUCAAGCCUAUCAUCACCAGCUUCCUCCUCACCUUGGACCCCAUGUCUAACAGACAAGAGCCAGGCCACUCUUCCCACCAUAGUGGGCUUUUCAUCCCGCUGGGCAGCGUUGGUAUUGGAACCAAUAGACAAUGAACUAUUGGAAAGUGUAAUUGUGCGGAAUUUGGAUUUCCUCUCUCAUCUGUCGGUGGGUUAGAGCGAUAGUUGCACGCGAUACCUGUUACUUUGGACAAAAGUUGACCCUACAGUCAAUAGAAUGAUUAAGGUUGCUAAGGUAUAUAUGUAUUCAUAAGAAACAUCCAGCGGGAUCAUGGAUGUCCUUUUGUAGGACAUGUGUGAGUACACACAAGUCUGUUUGCUUUUAACAUCAUCACUUCAAGAUCUUGC